CGUGUACCGCAGGCGUCGCCUCAAGCACGGAGCCCGCACACGGAGCUAUGGCGAAUCUCCUCUCACAGCAAGACAUUAACGAGUACAAGGAGUGCUUCUCUCUGCACGACGCUCGCGCCCGGGGCCGCGUCCCUGCCGCCGAGCUGCUCACCAUCAUGCGCUGCCUCGGAGCCUGCCCCACCCCGGCGGAGGCGGACGCUCACCUGCGGGCUCACAGCAUCGGCCGCAGCGGGGAGCUCGACUUCUCCACGUUCCUCGCCAUCAUGCACGCCCAGCGGCAGCGCGAGCGCCCCGAGCGCGAGAUCCUCGCCGCGUUCCGCGCCCUCGACCCGCGCCGCCGCGGCUUUGUGACGGCGGCCGAGCUCCGCGGGAAGCUGACGCGCAUGGGGGAGCGCAUGCGCCCCAGCGAGGUGGAUGAGAUGCUGCGGGAGGCCAACGUGCCAGCGCAGGGCGUCGUCCGCUACGAGGCGUUCGUGGCCAGCGUGCUGCUGCCCGCUCCCGACUACAAGUAGGGGCCGUGGCCGCCCCGUCUCGUGUGCCGUGUUUUGUCCUGCUGUGUCACGUUGCCGUGUCGCAUAGUGUGGUCCCGUCUCGUGAAGCUGUGCCGUGUCACGGUGUCACCGCGUCACUGUCACACCGUGUCACGGUGUCACAGUGACGCCAUGUCGCUGCGUCACUGUGACACGAUGACACUGUCACAGUGGCGCCGUGUCGCCAUGUCACUGCGUCACUAUGACAGUGACGCAGUGACAUGGCGUCACGGUGACAUGGUGACAGUGACGCAGUGACAUGGCGUCACUGUGACAGUGACACGGUGACACCGUGUCACUGUGACAGUGACGCCGUGACACCGUGACGCCGAAUUUCGCCCAAGAAACGGUGGUGCUGGCCGAGCGAGCCUUGACACAACUCAGCCUCGCCUGUCUCGUGUCUGUUGUGUCUCAUGUCUAUUGUGUCUCGUGUCUGUUGUGUCUCGUGUUGUCUGCCUCGUGUCUGUUGUGUCUCGUGUCUGUUGUGUCUCGUGUUGUCUGCCUCGUGUCUGUUGUGUCUCGUGUUGUC